AUGCUCGAAUACGAGAAGAGCGACUUGCAGCAGGAGGAUGGUGAAACCGAUAUGGUUAUUGAAGAUUCAGAGAACGUCUAUACGUGGGCGCAGAAGUGGAGCUCGUUACAGAGGACGACUCGUAUACUUAUUGGAGACGAACAGAAUGAAUCGGAAAACCUAUGA